GUGCCAUUUUAGCCCAGAAGCAUGGAGGUAAAAAACGGCAGGCCGUACUGUUGCAGGGAGCUUGAAGAAGCUGACUUACUGUCAGACACUUUUUACUCUAACGAACUGCACACUCCACUACUAACAGCUACUCACCCAGCUGCCUCAGGGGACAGGUAUCAGGAAUUAAGGAAGUCACUCCAGCAAUGUCGGCUCCCAUGGGGUGCUGAGAAGGAAUAUGGAGGGAUAAUUCCAGUUGCGCUCCCUGAGGAACACAGGCCCAAAUGUGAACCUCCUUGUGUCAUGACCAGAGGACAUCAGCAUUAUGGAUUUGGUGGAGAAAUAUGGCCAAGAAAGCUUCCUACUGAACAAUUCUAUUACUUGACACAGAACAAAAAAAGUGACAUCUAUGGAAAUGAUUCUUUGUUGCCCAAACCACCAAAUUCAGCAGUAGAAGAAAUCUGCUCCCCAUAUCCAAUCGAACAUCCAUACCAUACACACACCUCUCGUGGUGCCAUGUUCCCGACCUUCACAUUACCAAAGGAGCUCUACACAGGCGUUAAAGCCUGCACGCAAUGGCCAUUUCCUCCCACAAUGCCAACCAAGGCUUAUGAUACAACAGUUUUGAAGACAAGAGAUAAUCCUUACAGAUAUGAACUACUUGAUUUUCCUGUGGAUUCAAAGAAGAAAGCAUUGAGUUGGCCAGGUCAGGGUGUGUAUUAUGACAUAAGUAUGUGUUUUCCUAAAUGUGCUGAGAAAAAUAAGCCAGUGUUCUACCCAAAGCCACCUAAAACCUUUGCUCCUAACACUUCUUUAAACUCAUGGGAUGCUCUUAACUCUGCAAAAGAAGCCAACAUACAAAGAAAUCUUGAAAGGACAUAUUGGAUCACUUCAUACAAUCAUGAUUUUACAGGUCUGGGACCCAUGAACCCCCUUGAACUGGAUGAUUACCAUGAAAAGGAAGUAGCAGACUUAACACAACAGAGAGAAUUUGACCCACUGCCUCAAGAAAAAUUUCAUCCUGUCUUUAAGCCUUCCAGACCCUUGGAAGGGAGAAUUGCCCGACUUAAUCAGAACUGAUGUCCUCUGGAGGCUACUGUCCAGCAAAGACCAGCUUCCUGUCCAGACUGUACUCCUAGAGUCUUGUGUACUUUUCAUAGCUUUGUACCCAGGUCUACAGAAAUGCUGGCACUAAGCAAUAACAUACCAUCUGGUGUGACCCAUAGAAACCAAGAUAUUGAAGAGAAGAUUAAGGAACAAAGCAUACUGUCUACCUAUACACUCCCAUCUGGUAACUCAACAAAAGAUCUGAGGAACAUUUAUGACAUAAAACCAUUUCCAAAAAUCACAGAUACUCAAAAGACAGAAGAUUUGUAUUGGAGACAGCUGUCAUUAAAACCCCCACCCAUACAUUACUGUAAAUCAAAUGAUUACAUUAACUAUGAACACUUUAAGUCUACUCUACGUGAUCCAUAUACUAUAUAUCAAAACUGUAGUAACCUUAGUGAGCCUAGUCUUUUACAAAAUAUGCCAGACAUAGAAGCUUGCACUUUAGAACAUUUUUUAAGUACACCAAAAGAACAGCUGAGCAUGAACAUAGAAAGUGAUGAAGAAACAAGUCCUAUUUGGGGUUGGAUUCCCAGAGCUGGAGUGACCAAGCCUCACACCAACCUGCUGGAUCUUAAUAAGAACUCUUUCUCAAAAUCUGGCGCACAAAAACGUUUUCAUAAUUCAAUUCUAGAAGACCAUAAAGACCUAGACAAAUUGCAUUCAGGGAGGAAACACCAAUUCUAUGGCCAUAAUUCCUAUUAUUUCUAUAAUUGAGAUAUUCCUCCUUCUCUACAAAACCCAGCCUCUUAUAAGAGAAGAAAAAAAUAUAACAAUUUUCUUCAUUUUGCUGGGUACUAUCUCUAGAUUAAGCCAUGAUGACCUUGUUAAUUAGGAUUAUGUUUAGAAUUUAAAUUAGGAUCUGGUCAGAAGAACCCAAAAAAGUGAUGUUCUGCCUUCUUGAACAGUUUAACAAUUUGUCAAUAAAUAUUAUAAA